AGAGAGCACCCGGCUACAUUUUCCUUUUGUAAGGUUGGUGUGCAGGCGGUGGAGCCAAAGUGAGCCUGUCACGAUGCAGGUGCUCUUCCGGUGCAGUGGGCUUGUCCUGGCUCUAGCCAUUAUCCUGAUUUUGGAUUCUUCAAUUCAAGGUUCUCCUGUGCGGAAAGCCAGGUACCAGUGGAUUCGCUGCAGUCCUGACAGUGAUUCUCCAAACUGCAUUGAUGAAAAGGGACCAGUGUUUGACCUACUUCCAGGUGAAUCCAACAGAAUCCUACCUCCAAGGACUGACCCUUUUUCAAUGACAAGAUCCAAGAACUUGAAUGAUGUCUUUCCUCUUUCUGAGGACUUUUCAGGCUCUGGCUCUGGAGCAGGAUCUGGAAGUGGCUCCCUAAAUGAAAUCGAACAGGAAUAUCAACCAGUAGAAGAAAACAAUGCUUUUUAUGACAACUUUAGGUCUCUGGAGAGAAAUCUGCCCUCAGACAACCAGGACUUGGGUCUAGAUGGACCAGAAGAUGAUUUUACUAUGUAAAAGAGAGGGUUUCCAACCUUGACACCAGGAAAUAUAUUUUGUGUACCAUGGUUAAGUGAUUAAUUUGGGGACAAAAAGCUUUAAAGGAAAAUUUAAAACAUCUGAAAAAGAAGUUUAAGUUUCAUCAUCUUUUUUCCCCCCAAUUCUUAAAGCCUCCUUUAUUCUAUUAUCCUGGAAAAUACCUGCAUUUCCUUUGUAAUACAGUCAACAUCAUUCUGAAGUUAACUAGACUUUUCUCAUACCUAUACAAUUGCUUUAAAGAAUAAAUUAUACUGUUUUUAAAAAAUGUAGUUUGAGAAGCAAAUUGACAGGCACUAUUUCAUACCUAAGUCUUCAGGAACAUGAUUCUGAUUGUGAAAUCUAAAUAUGCCUCCUUUCUCAUGAAAAAACACAGAUGAAUGUACAGAGUGGGUAUUUUACAUGUUUCACUGUGUGAAGUUAAUUGCUAUAGUACUACUACUGGAUGUGUUUUCAGAGCUAGUGGAUAUGGUUUGCUUAGAACUGUGAUUGCUGUCACAAUGAGAAAGUUAACACCCAAAUUAAAGCACAGUUGUGCGCUCAAUACCUCAUACUGCUUUACCUUUUUUCUUGGAUACCUGUGUAUUUUCAAAUGUUACUCUAUUAAAGCAGAAGUAUAGUCAAAAGGCUAAA